AUGGAGGCGGCUUCAAGAAUGACUUUGUGUGGUAUAUGCAAACAAAAGCGUGUGUGUUGUGCUGCAGUUGUAUGGUGUACCGAAUGUCAUAAUGGCCUGUGUUCCGAAUGCAAAAACAACCAUGAUGUUUCCAUGACAAAUCAUUCAAUUAUCACUGUAGAGGCUUAUUUGAAUUUACCUCCCUUUAUUAAAUCUUUACCACUAGUUUGCAAGGAACAUAAUAAAAAGCUGGAGAAGUAUUGCUGUGAUCAUAUCACUCCAUUAUGCUUACUAUGCAAUGAUAAGUAUCAUGGAUGUUGCGCCGCUGCAGUAGUAGAUCUUGAUAGUAUGAUUCCUAAUAUAAAAUCGUCACCUGCGAUAGAAAAUAUCGGAAUAAAACUGAAAGAAAUAGUAGGAAUCUUACAAAAACUUAAGCUUGAUCGCUCCGAAAACCUUCUGAAGUUAGGAGAGGACAAAAAAAAAAUUAAAUAUGAAAUUGAAUUAUUCAGAAAGAAUAUCAAUGACGAAAUUGAUAAGUACAUGUUGGAUGUUGAUUUAGCCGUAGAAAAGACAAAAAAAGAAAUUGAUCAAUUACUUGGAAACAUUGUGAAAAGAGAAAAUCAAAUUUUAGAAUUAAGCGAAGGUAUAACUGAGAUCAAAUGUUAUGCAACACAUCUUCAGAUAUUUUUAGGCACCAAAAAAUUAGAAAAAACAAUAGACAGUACGGAAAACUUUGUUUAUUCAAUAAUCAACAGUAAUAGCUUAGAUGAAAUAAGCAUACAAUUCGACAACGAAUUAAGUCUGACAAUCCCUAAAAUUGACUUCAAUAAAUAUAUUACAGUAUCGACAACUAGACAACCAACGUUAAAAGAAUUCAUGCCACCUAAUCUAAAACAGGUACAGGCACCGAUUCUGAACGACACCAAAGUGACAUUAAAUCACCAGUUCAAAAUUAAAAAAGAAUCUAAAAACCUAGCUAUAAGUGGACUGUGUGUUAUGAACCACAACGAUAUUGUGUUUGCAGACUCAAAUAGUGACCGGCUCAUAAUUCAUGAUAAAAAUGGAUCGUUCAAGUUUGACUUUUGUACAGAACAAGAAAAUUCGUUUGACAUUACACCAUUAGAUAAUGUAACUGUUGCUGUCACAUCAGGAGACGACGAAAUUUACAUAGUUGAUUUGUAUGACAAAAAAGUAUCGAAGACAUUGAAAACAAAAGACACUUGCUAUGGAGUCAAGUAUUCUGACGGUGCUAUGAUAUUUACUGUUAAAGAAAAAGGGAUAAGAAAGAUAAGUAUGAGUGACUUCAAAUCAAAAUACAUAUAUAAAAACAACAUAUCAUGGGGAUCCUACAUUACAACUUUUGGGGGUAAUGUUUGCUUUACCAACCGUGAAUUGCAUACAGUAACCCUCAUCGAUUCAGCGCAGAAUAUCAUCUGGACUUUUUCCGACAAAAAUGUACUACAGCAACCGUACGGUGUUACCAGCGAUAGCCACGGUAACUUUUAUGUAGCGGGUUAUCGAUCCAACAAUGUAGUUAAAAUAUCUCACGAUGGGAAAGGUGGAGUAGAAGUAAUAAACCAUGGCUCAAACAUAGAUUGUCAUCUCAGGGCAAUUUCAUAUGUUAAACAAACCAAACAGUUGAUGCUCCGGCUGUUGGGGGUAGUUAUGCCUGAUGCGGCAGUUAUAACAACUGUUGCAGGUGUUACCACUGCACCAGCAUCAACUUCUCCAGCUACCACCGCCCCUCUAACCACUGCUCCACUUACCACUAUAGCUAAUGGUAAUGGUGGUGGUGGUGAAUGA